GCAAAAAGUACACAAAGCGGACGCAAGUCGCAAGAUUGAUUGCAAGAAAGAAAAGCAUCGCGAAUUUGCGGAGCAAGCAACGGCCUCCUCUGGUUAUAAAGCCAGCAGCCGCCAUCGCCCAGAGGUUUACACGGCCACGAGCACGAGCACGAGCACCACCUCCCCCUUCCACUCCACCACGCAACGCGCGACCUCAGCUCAGCUGCGCGUCCGCGGAUUCGGGGUUAUGGGCAUCGAUCGUGCCCACUCCCCCGCCAUCGCCGCCGCCGCCGCGAUUUAAGCAAUCCAAACGAGCGAGCGAGCAAAUCUUGUCGAACACCAGAUCCCCCAAGCUCAAUCAUUCAAUCAACCGUGUGAGUCGUUCUUGAUUCGAUUUUCGAGAUGGAUUCACGGAUGCUGCUGAUGCUGAUGCAGCUGCUCGGCUCCCCGACAUCGCUCGCCGUUCUCCUCCUCUCCUUCUUCCAAGGCUCGGUCGGCGUCGGCGCAAUCACCUUCACCUUCACCAACCGGUGCACGGACACGGUGUGGCCGGGGGUGCUGUCGGGCUCCGGCACGCCGCCGCUGGAGACCACCGGCUUCGCGCUCUCGCCGGGGGGGUCGCGCUCCCUCUACGCGCCGUCGGGGUGGUCGGGCCGCUUCUGGGCGCGCUCCGGCUGCGAAUUCGACGACUCCGGCAAGGGCUCCUGCGCCACGGGGGACUGCGGCUCCGGCCAGGUGGAGUGCCGCGGCGCGGGCGCCUCCCCGCCCGCCACGCUCGCCGAGUUCACCCUCAACGGCGCCGACGGCAAGGACUUCUACGACGUCAGCCUCGUCGACGGCUACAACCUCCCCAUGCUCGUCCAGGCCUCCGCCCCCGACUGCCCCGACACCGGCUGCCUCGUCGACCUCAACGAGCGCUGCCCCUCCGAGCUCCGCGCCGACGAUGGCCGCGCUUGCCGCAGCGCCUGCGAGGCGUUCGGCCGACCUGAGUACUGCUGCAAUGGCGCCUACGGCAACCCGGACACCUGCCACCCUUCCCAGUACUCGCAGCUCUUCAAGUCGGCGUGCCCUAAAUCCUACAGCUACGCCUACGACGACGCCACCUCCACCUUCACCUGCAACCACACCGAUUACACCAUCACCUUCUGCCCCCGAUCCACUCCAUCCAGUGGGAAUUCAAAGAACGGAUCACGGAGACCGAGCCACGAGCAGCUCGAAGAUGCGGUGUGGCUGGCGAGCUUGAAGGCCAGCAGUGGCGCGGGGAUGGCUGCAACUGCGGCAUCAUGGCCGGCAUCCUUAGCUUUCCAAUCUGCCUUGGCAAUUGCAGUGGUGAUCCUGCUUGCCCAGCAGGAGCAUCCCGUAUUAUUCAGCUAGUAGCAAGUGAGAAGGAUUCUUGAUCGGUAGUAGGAGUGAUCAAAAGGGGGAGACGUGGAGAGCACAUUCUUUAGGACUUUUUGUUUGUGGAUAGAGAAUGCAGGCGUCCUCAACCUCAAGUUUGGCAGUUGUAGUUGCUGCUCAGCUUAAGUGUUUGCUUUGCUUUAUUUGCCUUUCAGAAAACCUUGCUAUUCUAGUUACAUUCUUUGCUGUGCUUAAUUUUUUGGGGGUCCUGAUCAAUGUGGACUCCAGAUGCACUGCUUUGAAUCUAAACGAGAAGAGCAUAUGAUCUGAUAUUCUGAUCUGGUAAGCUCCUUUUUUUUUUCUUUCUGAAAGUUUGAGCAAGACGCACAGCAAGUAGCACAAUCUGAGAUUCUCUCUUGUCUUUAUAGAGAGGAUAAGAAUCACUUUGGAGGUAAACUGGGAAGAGUAAUACAGAUCCUGUUUGUCUCAGAUGUAUACCUGAUAAGAAUUUUGAGGGUUUGUUGGUAUAAUUAACCAACCAAUCAAUCAUUCUGAUCUGCAAUGAAAGGGUGUCUGAACUCUGAAGAAACAAGAUGCAAAAGGAAUUCUGAAUGUGGUGAAGGCAAAAGGGGGAGGCAUAGGCAAAAGAUGUGAGUUGUGCUCAUCAAUGACAAUGAAAAGCAGAAUAUUGAACCUACUUUGGUAUGUGAUAACCUUAGUGUUAAGCUAGCACACACCUGAAGAAAAUGCCCUGUAAAGGGAAAGGGCUUAUGAGCCUGGAUCUCUGCUUUCAUAUGGUUAUGCUUCAGGUGGCCAUUUUGUGUCGGCCAACGGCCAUCAUCACAUGAGUUCCUUGAUUUUUAUGCAAGAGGUGAGGAAGAAGCCCCAUCUUACAUAACAGUGACAGCGUGAAGAACAAGUCCCCGCAAGAGAUGAUCUCAUCUUCUAUGAAGGGGAAAGAAACAAGAGGGUAAAUUCAGAGAGGGUGUAACUUUCAAGUGCUUAUCUUUUUUUCAAACCUCUGAACAAAUUGUUGAUUUAUUUUCUUCUUAGUGACAGAUGAACCAUUCAGUGAAGGAAGCAGUAACGAAAUACUAGUGCUGAUUCAGAUAA